AUGAAGCAGACGCAGCCGCAGCUCUCGUACGUGCAGUUGACGCAGGAGAUCAUGCACGCCAAGGGCCUCGUGGGGGUCUGGGACGGCUUCCUCCCGUGGGGCGCGCUGCAGGGCGUGGCCAAAGGUGCGGUCUUUGCCUGGGGCCACUCGAUCGCGCGCACGGGGCUGAGCCCGUUCAUCCAGAGGGGCGCCGUGAGCCGAGACGCGUCGGAAGUGAUUGCCGGCGGCAUUGGGGGCGGCUUCCAGGGCUUUGUCCUGAGUCCGACGCUGCUGCUCAAGACGCGCGUGAUGACGGACCCGAUCUUCCGCGAGCACAUGACGCCGCUCGAGACCGUGUCGCGCUCCAUGCGCAUUGGCGUCAAGGUCAUCCAGCAAGAGGGCGGGAUGGCGCUCAUGAAGGGGUCGGGCAUGUUCUCGCUCAAGCGCGUGGCCGACUGGUCCACGCGCUUCUACUUCUCCGUGCAGGCGGAGAACCUCUUGUACAAGCGCAAGAACCCCGACCAUGUGCUGCAAACGAGCGAGCAGAUCCAACAGGCGUCGAAAGCCGGGGAAAAGGUGUCUGCUCUCGAGCUCUUUCGACAGCAGUACCGGGCUGGGGGGCUCAACAAGGUGCUGGCGUUCGGGACGACGGGCUUCGUCGCGCGCUUUGUCCACGCGAGCUUCACGACCAUGAUCAUGAAGACAGCAACGAGUGUGGUGUACGACAUGGUCGAGCGUCGCCACUAG